CUUGAAAAGGCGCGGGACCAUGAGCUCGACGGGCGCCCCGCGGGCGUCGACCAAGAACAUUGGUGCGAGCAAGAAGAUCGCGGGCUCCAAGCUGCGCGCCAACGAGGCCGCGUCCCGGUCGCGCGUCAUUGGCGCAUCGCAGCUCUCGCAGUCGAGUCGCAAGGUCGCGGGCGGGAGCGGAGCUGGCGGCGGAUCGCAAGCUGCGCAAGUAUACCUCGAUGGCGUCAACGUGACGCCGCAGUCGCUGCUCUUCACGCGCAUCAAGACCAACGACAAGACGACGCGCCGGGCCAAGAAGGCGGCCGACGACAGCGCGAGUUCAUCGAGUUCGUCGGUGGUUGCGUCGGGCGAGCCCGAAGCGGCGCCCCCCGAACAGGCCAAGACGCUGGAUGCGAUCCUCGCGAGCGCGCCACCGACAAUGGCGGCCAAGCCCCCGGUGGUGGCCAAGAAGCUCGAGGCCGACGACGGCGACGGCGACGGUGGCCUCGUCUCUGGCCUCGACGAUGCCAUGGAGGCCGUGCCCACCAACGGCCAAAGCAGUGAGCGGAGAGACCGGUCGGAGGAAGCGCCCAAGAAGGUUGUCUCGGGGCCCGUCACGAUCCUCUUCUCCGAGACACCAACGAUCAUGCUCUUUGAGCUCCUCAGUGUCUGCGUUGGCCAAGAUACGCCCGUGCACGGCGUGAUUGUCACCAAGAACAAAAAAUACCUCGAGAUGUGCAGUGGAAAAAAAGGCAGCGACAACUACAUCGAGAACCGGACGCAGACGCUGCAGCUCGCUCAAAAGACAAAGGAGGUCAUGACCGCGCCGCCCGCAACCCGCGACGUGUCGUGCAACGCGACCGAUUGGGACAUUUUCGACUGCGCGCAAACCAACGACGAAGUGCAAGGCAACGAGCACGACGACGGCGCGGACCCGUCGCGCCCUAGUAAGACGCAGCAGGACGCAGACAACGUCGACGCGCAGCUGGCGCGCCAAGUGGAUGAAAUUGUGAAUGCGAGCUUGGCCUCGCCCGGCUGUCUCCUCGCAGUCGACGGCGCCGACGUGAUCUUGGACCUCAAAGCCCGGCAACGCACCUUGGGCAAGCCGAAACCGAGUACACCGGGGCACCACGGCGCGGCCGGCGGCGCGCACGAUUCAAAGGCCAACUUUUCGCGCGUCUCCAAGGCCGGGAGUGGCGCGUCGUCGACGAGCAACUCGCAAGUGCUGCGUCGGCCGGGGCAGAGCACGUCAACGGCGGUGCUCUCGACCAACGACAUCAACAACAACAGCGGCGACAUCUCCAACAGCGGCAGCCAAGCCGAUAUGAUUUCGCGGAGCAGCACCAACUCGGACGGCAACUCGCACGACGGUGGCAAGCAUGAGAAUGCGUACUCGGCCGCCAACACCAACGUCGACCUUGGCGAGAUCAUUGCAAGCCAGAAAACCACCAAAGUCCUCGCGUCCUCGGCGCUCGACAAGCUCCUCAAGGUCCUCGAGCGCGCGGUGCAGCAGAACGUCUACCACGACCGACACCUCUUGUACCGUAAUUUCCCAACCUUGUCGAUCGACGCACGCAAAACAACGCCGUCGACGCCCGGGCUCGCGCCUCCCAAAAGCGCCGUCCACGCCGCGCCGUACGAGCCGGCCGAGCUCGAAAAGCUCUGGGGCUUUCGCUGCAGCUUGACCGACGGCCGCACCGUUUCGUGUCUUGCGUGGAACCCCGUCAACGACGACCUUCUCGCCGUGUCGUACGGGCAGUUUGAAGCCGGGGACACCACCGACGGCCUUGUGCUCUUUUGGUCGCUCAAGAACCCCGAGUUCCCAGAACGUGUUUACGUGCUGCCGUGCGGCGCCACGUCGAUCGACUUUAGCCGCAGCCAGCCGUAUAUGCUCGCAGUCGGCUUCCACGACGGCGUUGUCGCACUCUACGACACGCGCAAGGACGAGACCGACCCGGUUCUCACUAGCGAAAACAACAACGGGUCGCAUCUCGAUGCCGUGUGGCAGGUCAAGUGGGUACACAAGGGCAGCGAGCGGGGCGAAAACAUUGUGUCGAUAUCGAGCGACGGGCGCGUGACCGAGUGGAGCAUGAAGAAGGGCUUGAGCUUCUCGGACCUCAUGACGCUCAAGCGCGUACCCAACCCGCUCUUGGGCAGCGAGGCGCGCAUCGACGGUGUUAUUGCGCGCCAAGCGAGUGGCAACUGCAUUGCGUUUGCCGAGCACGACAGCUCCGUCUACUUUGUGGGUACCGAAGACGGCAACAUCCACAAGUGCUCGUGCUCGUACAACGAGCAGUACCUCGAGACGUACUUUGGCCACACGGCCGCGGUCUAUGCGGUCCAAAUGUCGCCGUUCUGGAACGAAGUCUUCCUCUCGUGCUCGGCCGAUUGGAGCGUCAAGCUGUGGCACCACGGCGAGUCCCACGAGAUGCUCAACUUUCGAUCGGCGGACCUCUUCCACGGCGUCUAUGGCAUUGGGUGGUGCCCGAACGACGCGACGAUCUUUGGGAGCGUCACGGAAGACGGCCGCAUCGAGAUUUGGGAUCUCCAGCAGUCGAUUCUGGACCCGAUUUUGACGCAUUUUCCAAAGGACGACGUGAGCUUGAAGUGCACGUGCAUCUCGUUUGCACCGUCGUCGCCCGUCCUUGUCGUCGGCGACAGCACGGGCGAGGUUGGCGUGUACCGCGUCCCGAUCCUCGCCGAGGGGCGAUGCGAUGGCAUGAGCGUCGACGAGCAGAUCGAGCGGCUCCAACGUGCCGUGACGCCGCACCAAGUGACCUAAGUGCCGUAAGAGAGAUGAUUUGUACAGAUGGGGAAGACAGCGAGAACGUUCCGGACUGCCACCAGAGCAGUGCAUCGCUGUGUAAGCAAUAUUUGUUGAAAUGAGUUAUUAACAUGCAAUUAUAUAGUGAAGAUGGUGGACUUCCUAGUGCGC